AUGAUUCAAACAUACAAACAACAACAAUCAAUAAAAAUAGUUAAUUCAGAAGAUAUUUCAACAUUAGUAUGUACUUCUAAUAAUCAUAUAGAAGUUUCAUUAAUUGAAACAUCAAUGAUACCACCCGUUACACCAAUGCCAGCACCGCUAACACCUAUAAUUUCGUCGAUAUCUGGAAGACUUUUUGAAAAUAUCAAACAUUUACAUUUUACAUUUGAUUUCUAUGAUAAAUGGAUUGAUCUACGAUUUGAACAUGAAUUAGAUCUACAAAAGAAAAUUAUUUAUUAUCAUAUGAAAUUAACUGCUUUAUAUUAUGAUCAAGAAAAAUCCAUUGAAGCUAAACAUUCUUUAGUAGAAGCCACUUUAUUAUAUCGAAAAAUUGGUUCAGAAAUGAAGGAAAUAAUAAAAAAUUUGUCAUGA